GAGAGAGAGGAAGUGCUGAUGUGAUCAUCAGAGGGGUACCUGCCUUUCAGUGUCCUGUCUUAAAGUCAUUACCACUCACGCAGCCCGAGGAGAGAUACGGAGUUAGAGGAGAGCCAUGAUGUCAGAUUCCAGAGUGUCCUCUGUCAUCCAGGAAUGGGUGAGCUCGUAUCCCGCUCAGCCUCACAGCCAAACCCUGAAUCCUGUCUCCAACCAAGCUGCAGCCUCCAACCAGAUAUCUCAGAUGGACAUGAUCUCAUACAACCAGUCCCAGGGGAUCAUAAGGGGGGGUGCUGAUGACAGAGUGGUUGAACAGAUGAUGGGGCUGCCCUACCUGUCCUACAACACUUCCUGUUUCAGCCACGGUUCUAACUCAGGGAAUUCGAACCACCAUCAGAGCCAUGCAGGCACUCAGCAGGAUUUCUCCCCCUUCCUGCUGCCCACCCUCAGGGCCCCUGUGACCAAGAGAAGCAUCAGCAAGGAUAGCGCAGAGUACCGCCUGAGGCGUGAGAGGAACAACAUCGCAGUGAGAAAGAGCAGGGACAAAGCCCGUAGGAGGAUCAUGCUGACCCAGCAGAGGGCCCUGCAGCUACAGGAGGAGAACCAGAAGCUGCAGAUGAAGAUAGGACAGCUCACCCAGGAGCUGGACACUCUGAAACACAUCCUGUCACAGCGGCACCUGCAGGGAGCCGAGGAGGGAGCAGCACAGGAGGCCGGCAUCUGAACACGCAUCACAGCUACUGCUAGCAUAGACAUGAAUGUCAAACGACUCAAGAGUCUCAUUUACACUAACAUUUGCGAAUUUUGGGAAGUGGAAAGAUUGACUAUAGCAUAGGUUUAAGAUGUGUGCUUCUUGAAGUUGCAUAACGCUUAAAAAAAGCAGAACUUACUCAGAGUGUCCUGUCAACCGCACAGAGGUUCUGUUCGCCACCCUUCAGCUUUAGUGCAUCUUAAACAUUUCAGCUGCUUUGGGUUUUAAAUGCUUAAUGUUUUAACCUAAUGACUGAUUAUGAAAAGGAUAAAUUCUUUCAAUCUCAUGCUGUAAUAUUUCACACCACAAUAAAAGCCAAAUGAUUUAAUCAGGUUGUGUUAACCUCAACACAGGAAAGGUUUUUAAAAAUAAACUUUAGUUCUAUGUUUUAACUUUUAUAAGCAGAAUCCAGAAAUUACAAAAAGUUAUACAUUUACUUUAUAAUUUUGAUUGCUUACAUUAGUAAAAAGCUUUAGUUGGUCAACUUUAUCAGCUUUCUUGCACUAGUUAAGGAAUUUAAAUGGAACCCUGGUUUUAUUUAAACAAAUAAUCAAACAGAAAAUAUCUAAAUUUCAAGCACAUAGCUCUGGAAUCCCACUUCAAUGAUCUUUUUCAUUUUAAAAGACGAUUUUAUUCAUGUUUUUUUUUCAUCAGCUUAGUUUUUGCUAAGGGUAAAACAUUAUGAGCUAUAAAAAAUUUACAGUUUACGAGCUUUAGCUUAGCUAUUGCUGCUGAUUAAUAAGAUUUGUUUACUUUAGCUUACGUAAGUAAAUGAUCCUGUCCUCAUAACAGUUUUCAAUUAAAAUGAAAGUAAACCAAUUAAGUUAAUCACAAAUAAUCCCAUGUUUGAUUUUAUCCAUUAAAAGAAAACUAUUUAUAAACUUGCUUUCUAGACAACUGUUAACUAAGGAUGCGGCGUGCAGCUAAAUACAGAGAUACCGGUAUAACAUUUUACAUUUUUGAAAAUUAUAUUUAAGAGGUAAAUUAUUAAGUUUGGAUGUCCUGAUUCCCUGUAUUAAAAAAACAAAAAAACAAAAACAAAUUGCAAUGUUCUAUUUUUGGCUAUCUACCAAUUAGGAUAAUAUAGAUUUGCUUUUACAAAAAACAUAAUACAUUAGAAAGAACAAUUUUAAUU